UUGUUUUUCAAAAAAGUGUUUUAGAGAGAGAGAGAGAGAGAAAAACAACAUUGCUUUGCUUGCUCGAAGGAGAGAGAGAAAAAGGCAUAGACGUCUGCCUGCUAGAAGCCCAAGUCAUCAGCUUUCUAGAGAGAGAGAGAGAGGGAGAAAACAUUCCGAUUCAACUUUAGAAAGAUUUGGUUAUCUCUGUGACGACUCUCUUCUAGUCAAAUCCGAUCUCCUCGUUUCCCGUGGCGGCUCCCAAUUAAACUAUUUUAGAGACCACCAACCCUUAUAAUCUCAUCACCGAUCUGAGUCAGGCGCUCUGCAAACUCGGCGUCUCUAUUGGAUGAGCUACUGGCAAAGAUAGGAUCUUUAUUGCAGGAAGAAGAGUAGCCAUGGUUGCCCCAGUCAAUAUAAUAGUCGGUUCUCAUGUUUGGAUUGAAGAUCCAGGGUUGGCAUGGAUUGAUGGAGAAGUUGUCAAAAUCAAUGGCGAAGAAGUUCAUGCACAGACCACUAACGGGAAGACCGUUGUGGCCAAAAUCGCAAACGUAUUUCCAAAGGAUAUGGAGGCGCUCCCUGGGGGUGUUGAUGACAUGACAAAGCUCUCAUAUCUACAUGAACCUGGUGUUUUGAAUAACUUGGCCAUGAGAUAUGAACUGAAUGAAAUCUAUACUUAUACAGGAAACAUCUUGAUUGCUGUAAAUCCGUUUCAAAGGUUACCACAUCUCUAUGAUACUCAUAUGAUGGAGCAGUAUAAAGGAGCAGGCUUUGGUGAAUUAAGUCCCCAUGUGUUUGCAAUCGCAGAAGUUGCUUACAGGGCGAUGAUCAAUGAGGGCAAGAGCAACUCAAUUCUGGUUAGUGGGGAAAGUGGAGCUGGUAAAACUGAGACCACAAAGAUGCUUAUGCGCUACCUUGCUUACCUUGGUGGUCGAUCCGGCGUUGAAGGACGGACAGUGGAACAGCAAGUGCUGGAGUCAAAUCCAGUUCUUGAAGCAUUUGGAAAUGCCAAAACUCUCAGAAAUAACAACUCCAGUCGAUUUGGAAAGUUUGUGGAGCUUCAGUUCGACAGAAGUGGGAGAAUAUCGGGAGCAGCUGUCCGAACAUAUUUGUUGGAAAGGUCUCGUGUGUGUCAAAUAUCAGAUCCAGAAAGAAAUUACCACUGCUUUUACCUCCUAUGCGCUGCCCCACCUGAGGAAAGAGAAAAGUUCAAGUUGGGAGAUCCAAAGUCGUUCCACUACCUAAACCAAUCGAAGUGCUAUAAACUGGAUGGAGUGGAUGACACCGAGGAGUAUCUUGCUACCCGGCGAGCUAUGGAUAUUGUUGGCAUCAGUGAAGAGGAACAGGAUGCAAUCUUUAGAGUUGUUGCUGCAAUCCUGCAUCUAGGUAAUGUCGAAUUCGCAAAAGGAAAAGAGAUUGACUCCUCAGUUUUGAAGGAUGAAAAAUCAAGGUUUCAUCUGGAUGCGACUGCCGAGCUUCUUAGGUGUGAUGCAAAGAGUUUGGAAGAUGCAUUGAUUAAACGUGCAAUGGUUACACCAGAAGAGAUUAUUACAAAAACUCUUGAUCCUGAUUCAGCCACUGGUAGCAGGGAUGCACUGGCAAAAACUAUAUAUUCACGCUUGUUUGAUUGGCUUGUUGAUAAAAUUAACAAUUCUAUCGGGCAAGAUCCAAACUCUAAGACAAUAAUUGGUGUUCUUGAUAUCUAUGGGUUCGAAAGCUUCAAGACCAACAGCUUUGAGCAAUUUUGCAUCAAUUUUACCAAUGAAAAGCUGCAACAACAUUUCAACCAGCACGUCUUCAAAAUGGAACAAGAAGAUUAUACCAAAGAAGAGAUCAACUGGAGUUACAUAGAGUUUGUUGAUAACAAGGAUGUGUUGGAACUCAUUGAGAAGGUCUUGGAUUUAAUUAUGUCCUUUAACGAUUUUGUUUUGGUGAUAAUUUACAACUCAUUCAUUCUUCUUGAUACUUAUGUGUGUGUAUGUGACUUGCUCGUACAGAAACCUGGAGGAGUCAUUGCCCUUCUAGAUGAAGCAUGUAUGUUUCCGAAAUCGACACAUGAAACAUUUGCUCAGAAGCUGUAUCAAACAUUCAAAAACAGUAAGCGGUUUACGAAACCAAAGCUAUCUCGGACCAGCUUUGCAAUAUCGCAUUAUGCUGGAGAGGUAACUUAUCAGGCUGACUUGUUCCUUGACAAGAACAAAGAUUACGUGGUGGCAGAACAUCAGGAUCUUUUGAUCGCUUCCAGUUGUACUUUCGUUGCUGGUUUAUUUCCUCGCCUAGCAGAAGAAACAUCAAGCAAAACCAAAUUUUCUUCCAUCGGGUCACGCUUUAAGCUUCAACUUCAGUCGUUGAUGGAGACACUCAAUUCAACUGAACCUCACUACAUCAGAUGUGUGAAGCCAAAUAAUGUACUAAAGCCUGCCAUUUUCGAGAAUCUGAACGUAAUUCAACAAUUACGUUGUGGUGGUGUCCUGGAAGCUAUUAGAAUCAGUUGUGCUGGUUAUCCAACAAAGCGGACAUUUUAUGACUUUCUCAAUCGUUUUGGUGUUCUUGCUCCGGAUGUUCUGGAGGGAAAUUAUGACGACAAAGUUGCAUGCAGAAUGCUUCUGGAUAAGAUAGGCUUGAAGGGUUAUGAGUUAGGGAAAACAAAAGUAUUCCUUAGAGCUGGACAGAUGGCUGAGUUGGAUGCAAGAAGAGCCGAGGUUCUAGGAAAUGCCGCUAGGAGAAUUCAAAGGCAAAGCCGUACUUUUAUCGCUCGUAAAGAGUUCCGUGCUCUACGUGGAGCUGCUAUCGUAUUGCAGUCCAAUGUCCGAGGCAAAUUGGCAUGCAACCUUUAUGAAGAAAUGCGACGCCAAGCAGCAGCGGUGAAUAUUCAGAAGAGUUUCAGACGACAUAUUGCCAGAGAAUCUUAUUUAAAGAUUAGACAUUCAGCAAUAGCAGUUCAAACAGCACUAAGGGGAAUGGUUGCUCGCAAUGAGUUCAGAUACAGAAAGCAAAUGAAGGCUGCUACUAUUAUUCAGGCUCGUCUUCGUAGUCACUUGGCACAUUCUUACUACAAGAAACUCCAGAAAGCUGCCCUUUCGACACAAUGUGGCUGGAGGAGCAGGGUUGCACGAAAAGAAUUAAGGACACUCAAAAUGGCUGCACGAGACACAGGAGCCCUUAGAGAGGCCAAGGACAAACUUGAGAAGCGUGUUGAAGAGUUAACAUGGCGUUUACAGCUAGAAAAGCGACAGAGAACUGAGCUGGAAGAGGCAAAAGCCCAAGAAUCUGCAAAACAACAAGAGGCUCUGCAAGCAAUGCGGUUGCAAGUUGAAGAAGCAAACGCUGCUGUGAUUAGGGAACGAGAGGCUGCAAAGAAAGCUAUUGAAGAAGCACCUCCAGUCAUUAAGGAGACUCCGGUUUUGGUUGAAGAUACUGAAAAAAUCAAUUCAUUAACAUCAGAGGUGGAGGCUCUAAAGGCUUCGCUUGAGUCUGAACGACAAGCUGCAGAAAACUUGAGAAAAGCUUUCUCAGAGGCAGAGGCUAGAAACUCAGAGCUGGCCACAGAGCUUGAAAAUGCUACUAGAAAAGCAGAUCAGCUGCAUGAAUCGGUUCAAAGACUAGAAGAGAAGCUUUCCAAUUCAGAGUCAGAGAUUCAAGUUCUUCGUCAACAGGCACUUGCUAUAUCUCCAACCAGCCGAACUAUGCCCACGCGAUCAAGAACAAUGCUUUUACCGAGAACGCCAGAAAAUGGAAGCCAUCUUAAUGGAGAAACAAAGACUACGCCGGACAUGGCCCUUGCUGUACGAGAACCAGAGUCUGAGGAGAAACCACAGAAAUAUCUGAAUGAAAAGCAGCAGGAAAACCAAGAACUACUAGUCAAGUGUAUCUCACAAAACCUUGGAUAUGCUGGGGGCAAGCCUGUAGCUGCAUGUGUCAUAUACAAAUGUCUUCUUCACUGGAGAUCAUUUGAAGUCGAAAGAACUAGCGUCUUUGACCGUAUCAUUCAAACUAUAGCUUCAGCCAUUGAAGUACCAGAUAAUAACGAGGUUUUGGCGUAUUGGUUAUCUAACUCAGCCACGCUAUUACUGCUUCUGCAACGCACACUCAAAGCAACUGGAGCAGCUAGUUUAACACCGCAGAGACGAAGAACAACAUCAGCAUCUCUAUUUGGAAGGAUGUCACAAGGAAUAAGGACAUCUUCUCAAAGUGCUGGACUCUCUUUUCUGAAUAGACAAGGGCUCACUAAGCUUGACGACUUGAGGCAAGUUGAAGCAAAGUACCCGGCACUACUUUUCAAGCAGCAGCUCACUGCAUACCUCGAGAAGAUAUAUGGAAUGAUCAGAGAUAAUCUCAAGAAAGAGAUCUCUCCUCUUCUUGGGUUGUGUAUACAGGCGCCAAGGACAUCAAGGGCAAGUUUGGUGAAAGGGAGAGCACAAGCAAACGCUGUUGCUCAACAAGCUCUGAUUGCUCAUUGGCAAAGUAUUAGGAAAAGCCUAAACAGUUACUUGAAUCUAAUGAAAGCGAACAAUGCUCCACCUUUCGUAGUCCGCAAAGUAUUCACACAAAUAUUCUCAUUCAUCAAUGUUCAGCUCUUCAACAGUCUUCUUCUACGUCGUGAGUGUUGCUCAUUCAGCAACGGCGAGUACGUUAAAGCAGGCUUGGCUGAAUUAGAGCAGUGGUGUGCAGAGGCUACUGAUGAAUAUGCUGGCUCUGCUUGGGAUGAGUUGAGGCAUAUCAGACAAGCAGUUGGUUUCCUGGUCAUUCAUCAAAAGCCGAAAAAGACCUUAGACGAAGUAACAAGAGACCUCUGUCCGGUGCUAAGUAUACAGCAGCUAUACAGAAUCAGCACAAUGUAUUGGGAUGACAAAUAUGGCACUCAUAGCGUUUCUUCAGAUGUUAUUGCAAACAUGAGGGUUAUGAUGACAGAGGACUCGAACAAUGCCGUAAGCAGCUCUUUCCUUCUGGACGAUGACUCGAGCAUUCCAUUCACGGUGGAAGAUAUAUCGAAGUCAAUGCAACAAGUGGAUGUGAAUGACAUUGAGCCUCCUCAACUGAUCCGUGAAAACUCAGGUUUCGGGUUCUUACUCACACGUAAAGAAGGCAGUGUGUCAUAAGUGUCAUCAGGUCCAACCAAAUACGAUUAUUGUUUUUGCUGCAUAUACAUAAAUACAUCGUGUGAGCCAUUGCAUUUCUAUGGGGCAUUUUGUGUAUAUCAUUUUCCUCUUUUCUCUUUACAUUAUUCUUCUUGAUUUGGGGAUCAGUCUCUGGCCUUUGUAUUUGUGGAAAGGCCGAGUUUAUUUCAUUCUUUGCAUCCCUGUAGUUAUGGCAACUCACAGGGGUUAUUUGUUUUGUCAUAGAAAGGCUUAGGUGUGUGUUGAUGCUGUCUUGUCCACAGAGGGGAAGAGAGUAUCUUUGUUUUAGUCAAUCAUGUAUUUGUUUGUUUGUUUGGGUGUCUUUAUAAUCCUUGGUGGAAAUUGUAAUGAAGGAACUAGACUUUGUUUUCAACAUUUUCAUAUAUAUGUUGAUAGAUUUAUUGAUUGAGAA